CUUAAUCCGAGCGCAGAGGCAGAAGAAGAGGCCGCCGCCGCCCUCCCUCGGCCUCCAUUUUGCGCAGGAGGGCAGGGAAGGAUAAAAAAGGGUAAAUUCGAUGAAAUUUGACCGGCAUCAUGGAUUCUUCAUUAAAUGCAAGUAAAGAACAUUCUAAUCUUCUACUGAAGGGAGCUGAUCUAGAGACUAAUGACUGGUUGGCUUUUCAAGCACGUACUAAAGAUGUCCAAGAUGGUACUACCACCAUGGAGAGCAUACACAUGUAUCCUGGAGAAGAGCCAGUAAUGAGACAUCCUCUUGUACAGAUAACAGAUUGGGAUUCACAAAUUUUAGCUAGCCAAGAUGUGAACUCUUUAAAGCACUCAAGAUAUCGCCUAGGAGGCUCAGCUGAUAAUAUAUUAUCUUUAACUUCUUGUAAAUCUGUCCAGCCUCUUGAAUGGAAAGUUUUGAGAUCUAGCCGGUCACAGGACACACUGGCACAUUUUUCAGGUAUCACUCAAGAAAGCAUAGAUGGAGGUCGUGAAUUAACAUCUUACAAUAAACAAGACAUUGUAGAAGAUAUAAUUGGAGAUGAAGUUGCUUUCAAAAUACGUCCCCAUGUUCUUAAGAACAAUCAAGGUGUUCCUUACACUGCAGAUUUCAGAACAGCUUUUCCCAUGCAACACAUUGGAUCGCCCACCCCCCAAAAUGCAACACAGUGUUUGAAUGGUUCUGAAUGCAUACCAUUACGACACUCAAGAGGAGAAAAGUUGCUGGAAGUUGGAAUGCAGGUUAACCAAGCACAGAAUUCAGCUGUUGAUCAAGAUUCAAGUUUGAUUGGCCAGGUUUGGACACCAGCUGCUUCACCAAAGAACUUAUAUAAUAAUACUUCAUCAUCAACUAGCUUGGAUUGUCAUGCUUGUUAUCAUGAGACAAGAGAGUCUCUUGUACAGUCUGAGUUUUUACAAAAACUUCCAACUAAAAACAGACGAGAAAGAAAAGACAUGAAGAAAGUUCUGACCAAAGACCAGCUACUCUUCAAAGGACAGAGUUUGCAUUUUGCUGACAAUGGCAAACAUAAUAGUAAGGCAGAAAAUGUUCUUAACAAAGAGGAGUCCACCAACAAUUUGCUGAACUCCGAAUGCAGUUCGCCUGUAAUCCUGCAGCAACUGAUUGUGAACCUUAAAAACCAGAUCAGUGACCUUCAAGAAGCCAACAAAACUGCUGCCUUAGAGCUAGCAAAUGCAGAUGAAGAGAUUUCACAACUGAAGGAUGAAAUGGUUCUGUUAAAAUCUGAAUAUUUGCAACAAUUAGCAGACUACACAGAGGAAAAUCUCAUUUUGAAGAAAAAGAUCAACAGGAUACACAACCGACACGGUCCAGUAGACACUUAUGAGCAAGCCCUGCAUGAAGAAAUUUGUGAGUUGAGGAGUGAAUCCAGAAGGUUGAGGGAAAUCACUCACCACCUGAAUGAGGAAAACCACCGAUUGAAAGAAGAACUAUGGGAUAUAAAGAGGCAAUAUGAAUGGCUAAUACAUACAACUACUGGCAAACAGGAUGAAAGUUUUCAGGAACAUUAUGGGAAUGCUUCCCCUUCAUCCAUAAAUAGUGAGUCAACAGAAAUUCUGAUUGCUGGAUACUGUGACGCAAAGCUAGCAAAGGAAAACAAAGACUUAAAAGAUAGUAUAUCAGAAGAGAGCAUAAAGAUCAAUGGCAACAAGAAUUCUAAACAAAACAUCUCAAGUUCAACCUCAAACAGUUUCUCUCAUGUGGAUGCUUACAGCAAAUAUUCCACAAACAGGGUUCAUAUGGAUAGGUCAACACUAUCAAGACGACCAUUUGCACCCAGAAGCAUUGCAGACCUGAAAGUUGGAAAUUUAGUAAAAUUUUCACAGCCAGCAGGGAAAAUCAGCAAAGGAACUGUCAAGUAUCUGGGACCACUGUUUGGAAGAGAAGAGGACUAUCUUGGCAUAGAGCUGGAAGGUGAUCAAGUGGGGAGACAUGAUGGAGUUUUUCGAGGAACACGCUACUUUCUUUGUGAACCUAACAAAGGAGUUUUUGUUAAAUUCAACAAAGUCAUUAUUGCCUGGGAAUAAUAAAGUGAAUGUGAACUGUGAAUUCUUCACAUUUUGAAGAAGGAAUAUUUGGAUUUUAAAGGCUUCAGUCAUGUUGUACAUCUGCUGAAACUGAAAAAAACCAAUCUAUCUUGAACCCUGUCCAACAAUCAAUAUAUUUUCUAUGAUUUUUCAAAGCUCUAUGUAAGCAUUUUCUAGUAUGUUAAUUUUUUUGUUGUGAAAUAAGUCUAUAAUUGUACCAUUAAUGUAAAUAUGAACAGGGAAAAACUUAAAUGAAGUUAUAAGAUGGAUACAUCAACCUCCAAUGAAAUGUUUCAAAACCAUUUCCUCUAUGUAUGCCAGGAUGGCCAAAGUGUUAGACUGCAGCUCCCAGUGCUUCUUCCCAUUAUGACAGAAGUUGCAAUCCAACACUACAACUUUCCCAAUCUGAUAUGUCAUUUAAGUUCAUAUUGCUGUCAAUGAAAAUAGAGUGCAUGAACAGUUGCACAUAGAAAUAGCUGCAGUGACUUCAUGACUGUGACUUGAGGAAAAAUGUAGCAGUGACUACAGAAAUGUGUCUUCCUUCCCAUUUAGUCAAAGACAUACAGUUGUGCUAACCUCUGUGCAUAAUAGGCCCUCUCUCACAUAGGCUUGGAUAGUAAUCAGAUUACCUAGGGUUCAUCCUGCUUUCAACAAAAAGCUGAAAAAAAGAAGUUGUUCAAGUCCAUAUACAGAAGGUAAUUAUGGCCAUACGUAAUUAAGGUGUAUGGUUCCAAAAACAAAAGAAAGAAAAAAAAGGCACAGAUACCAAACAUCUGAAGAUCACAGAAAUACAGGCUACAAUAUGCAGAACUAAACAAUCACUACUGUAAACACUCAGAGUUAGUAACUUGCUUUUCCCAAAUGCCAACAACUGUCACAAUGCUAGGAAAGGACAAGAGCUUCAGUUCUAAGAAAAGAUGAUGUUCUGACUGCUGCUUCUAAAAAUUAUCUAUUGAUUUGUUGAUGAAAUAAACAAAAAGAGACUACUAUCUCAGUCAUGUCAAAAGAUGAAUAUACAAGUAUUUAAAGUUAAUGGAAUUUAGUAAAAUAUUUAAUAGUACAAAUGGUAAAUAACUCAGAUUUCAGUUCCUGUUUUAGAGGGAAUAAUGGUUAAGGAUGAAUGGAAUUCAUGCCUUAGGGAAACAGGAUAGUGGAAAGAAGUGAAGCGUCCCAAGGUUCAUUCUUGAUCUCAGCCAUCCUAAGACUGCCAGUAUCCAAAGAACAGCUUGUAUUUUGUUCAGAUGGAGUUUAUUGCUGAAAUACAGAAGACUGACUACUACAAAGCAAACAUUUUAAAAAGUUAUAUAGGUCAGGUGUGUCUUCUAGUCACCCAUAUUAAUUUUUGCUGGGACAACCCAGGAAAUGUAAGUGCCAUAUUGUCUUUAAAAAUAGUACCAGGUAUAAACUACUGUGAAAAAUUUCUAUACAGGGCAUAAAACAGUUUCCUACAAUACCUGGUAACAUAGUCCAAAACUACUGUUUGUGCAAAAUAUUCAUAUCAUGAAUUUUAACUUUGGCAAGGAUACAUAAGUGACCUACAAGGACAAAAUAUUUCUCUUUGCAAAGUGACAUGUAAAUAAAGUCACUACCCAAAAGGAUCCAUACUUGAUUUGUCAUCUGUAUUAACAAAACAACAAGCAAUACAGCAAUGUGUUAGGAAGAAAGAUUAAGUUUUAAGACGAAAGACUAGAUGUCAAUGUAUAAAACAUACCUUUUAAGAAGAUUCCUUACUACAUAUGAAAACAAAUGCAGGA